AUGGAGGCACCACAAGGGCCUCGCCGUCCAACCCUGCGAUGGGAGGUUCGCAUGCGUCAAGUGCUGUGCUGCCUCUACCGAUUUUUCGUCUGUGACAAGAAACAGGUUAUGGAGAUAUUCUCCUACUUAUUCCGAGGGCAUCUCCAAGAGCGUGGAAUCCGUGGAUUCGUCCCUUAUGCAACUCUCCACACCCAGUGGAGCUGGAUGCAGAAUAGUGGCGAUCCUGUUUGGUAUCAUGUGCACAUAGCCACGGAGUUCAAAAUGAAUGCUGAAUGGAGUGGUAUCAUACACGAAAUCAAAGCUGCGGCUGAGAUCCUCCGACUACGUCUCCAGGAAAGGACACAGGAUAUUGAGCUACACGAAGCAAAACCAGACGAUAACCAGCACAUUACUGUCAACAGCGAUCCGAAUAACGAGUCAGCAAAUGUCAAUAAUAAAAUUUCUUUUGCCUGGCAUGAGAAGGAAGGUGAACUCGGAUCCAGCGGCCUAAAGUUCUAUGAGUAUCAUGGACAGCCGAAGACCAACUGCACCACCGAAACGAUUGAUUGUGUUGAUUCAGGUCCCAAAAAACCCUCUCAAGUCCUAGCUGAUGAUCCUCAAUGCCGCGGUCUUUUUGAAAAUUCGGAAAGCCCCCAUCCGCUCCCAAUUGGUGAACUUCAAGACCGCGAUCAAAGCCUCGAAUGCCCUGAUCAAAAACGGACGAGGGGCCUCAGCAUCGACAAACCCCCGCCACUACUUUACCGUUGGUGGAACAUUGACUCGCAAGGAGUAAACUCGAAGCACGAGUUUGUUGCUGGCCUUUUCUGCAACAGGCCGACUUUCAACCCAGAAGAUAUCACAGACACCGAAUUUUUGGCCUUCUUUCGUGGCCAUGUAACAAAACAAGAGGUUGCCACGCCAUUUAUUUCAACAUUCGCUUUUCCUCUAGCACCAUUUCACCGUGCUUUGGUCAACCAAAAGGGCGCUAUGGUGUCGAUUAUUGAAAGUUCGAAGAUACCAUCUAAAAUCUUCGACGCCGGUCCUCUCGCUGUUAAAACUCGGACGUUCACUGGUUGCUGGAGAGGUUACGCGGAGUAUGAGGUCUGGGGACACAUUCCGGCUCAAGCAAUUGUUGAGACGCUGGACAUUAACUCAGUGGAGUUGAUUGCACAGCUCCAUCGGGAUAUCAAUCGGCUAUUACAACCUCUUCUGAUCCGAAGUUUCAGACGUUGCAAUCAAGACUUGCGUGAUAUUCUAGCUAUCAGACACAAGGGAAGGUCGUCCUUCAAGUGCGGUCUUACACUUCGGAAACUUCUUCUCCUUCUACGAAUUCCCCCAGCCCAUUGGGCAGAUUUGGCACCGAAAUUUGCCCACUGCUGGGGUUGGAAAUAUGCUGCAGAAAAGAGAGAGUUCCUAGAGGGCGUUAUGUCUCAAAAUCCUGUUUCACAAGAAGAGGUAUCUGACUCCGAGAGUGAAUGGGUGAUGCCAACUCCACAGGCAACACCCAAGAAGGGGUCAAAGAAGAGCAAAUCAAUCGAACUGGACGAGGAAGACUGGGAGCCCCUGGAAUAUGAGGAAUUUCAAAAGGUCUGCUCUAGUCUGCGACCAAUGCCAGAAACUUCCCAGAAGUCUCCCCGAGGCCCAUUCUUCUACCGGGGGUCAACCACCCCAGACAAGGAUUGGAUACCCCUGGAGGAAGAACAAGAUACAGAGGGGCAAUCUGAAUCUGAUGGGAAAGCCAAUGAUGCCUCUGAAACACACUCUGUCUCCAUGGAAGAGCGGAGUGACACAACAGAGGAGACCUUUUUGGCCGAAACGAUUGACAGUAUGUCUGUUACUUACGAGAGUGACAGGUUAAUUGAAGACCAUAUGGCAUUAGCCUGGGAAGCUGAAUCUAUACCAGAAGCCACGCAGACUGGGAGGCCCCAGGAUCACAACGCUGAUCAUCCCGUUGUGCAUAGCUUCUUUGUCGAUCUCCACGACAGAGACACAGACAUGGAUAUGAAUGGCGUUGUCAGUAACGAGGAGGACGACCCCAGUGCCCAGAAUGCGCUCGAUCAAGAAUGGCCUUCGGAAGACGAUUGCCCAGAAAUGAAAAUCUUGAACCGUGUUCGAUUCCGGUGA